UCAUAUUGAGGCUAACGUUUCUAUCUUAUCCAAAUAUAAGCUCCGUGGACACACAUAUCCUAGUCAUUCCAAUCUCCCUAUAUACCAUUCUUGUCGUGCCUUUCAUUCCUCUUUUUUAAAAUAUUACUCUUCACCCUCUUCCUCUUCUUCACCCCCACCAUCACGCCUGUUAAUCUCCUUCACAUGCAAAGUAUGUUCUCAUCGACAAGCAAAAACCAUGUCUAAACAAGCCUAUGAUCAUGGUGUCGUCAUCAUCCAAUGUGCCUCGUGCGCAAAUCGUCAUCUAAUUGCUGACAACCUCGGCUGGUUUCGCGAAUCGAAAACAAAUAUCGAGACUCUGAUGAUGGAGCAGGGAGAAAAGGUGAAGAAGGUGAUUACUGAGGAAAGCGAGAUUAUGGAAUGGAUACCAGAAGUACUUGAGGAAGAGAGAAAGAAAAAGAAAGUGAAUGGAAAGAAAGUGAGAGAAAUUGAAAUCAAAGAAGAAGGAAGCAAAGACGACUAA